AUGAAUUACAGUGGUGCAGAUGGUCUUGAAUUCGGGUCGGGCAAUACUAAAGUCGACCCAGCUGUGCUGAAGGAACUUCCUGAAGGAUGCACGAUAAUAUCCACUGAGAAUCAUGGCGUAAGCUUUUGGGCGAAGACGGGUCGCAUCGAUGUUUCGCUCCACGAUGGCACUCCACAGUCAUUUUUCAUCAAAGUUGUCUCGCACGAGCUGGGUAUGAAUAUGACCUUGGGUGAAUUUUACUCUAUAAGUGCGAUGCACGACACCAUUCCGGAAUUCGUUCCAAAGCCCAUCGCGUGCGGCACCUACAGCACAAUUCCAGACACCUAUUUUUUCCUUUGCGAGUUUCAUGACAUGAUUGACGAUAUGCCUGAUCCUGACAGGUUCGGCACUCUUCUGUCAAAACUGCAUCAGAAAAGCGUAUCGCCCACUGGUAAAUUCGGUUUCCACAUCACAACAUACGCAGGGAACCUACCCCAAUUCGUUGAAUGGGAAAAUAGCUGGGAGACCUUCUUUGCCAAGACUAUGAAACAGGCUCUUGAUUUGGAGAUCCAGAGGAAAGGGCCAAGUGAGGAGCUUGAUGUUCUCUCACAUGCUCUUUUUGAACGAGUCAUCCCGAGGCUCCUGAGACCACUUGAGAGUGAAGGUCGUGUCGUGAAGCCCUCGCUUAUACACGGAGACCUGUGGUACGCAAAUGCAGGUAUUGAUGUUGACAGUGAUCAGCCACUUGUCUUCGACGCAUGCUGUUUCUUUGCCCACAAUGAAUAUGAGUUUGGCCAGUGGCGGCCAGCCUGUAAUAGGUUUGGAGAUGAAUAUAUUGCAGCCUACAGCAAAUUCGCUCAAAUAUCACCCCCCGAAGAGGAUUUCGAAGGCCGUCUGGAUCUUUAUCGAUUGAGAUUCGACACCCAUGUAUCAGCGCUUUUUGUCGAUAAUGAAACACUUCGCACUCAGUGA